AUGAGGCGUCUGUUUGGCCGCCUCACCGGCGGCCCACAAUCUCCCAAUCCCAAAAGCAGCUCCGAUGGCGUGUACGCGGGCAACGAGAAGCAGAGCGGAAGCGCAGCAUCAGGAGACAAGGUCCGAGCGCUAGCUGCCAAGUUUGAAGCGCAGAGCAACAACAACGACUUGACUGGCGACACUACGCGGAUCAAAAAGUACAGGAGCUCAGCGCCGCCUGUAGAUGCCAGCAUCAUCGACGACUUGCCCCGACAUCCUCUUGGCCCGAGCGAGCAUGCGGACACCACCACCGCAUCGCCCGUGGGCAGAUCCGGUUCGCACGGCCCUCUGAGCACGCCUCAUGGGUUUCAGGCCCCGCCUCCAGCCUCCGAGCCGCCAGUUGAACCUCUUGUCAGACCCCGCAGCGGAGCAGGUAUCAAGUCGGAAAGCGAGAGAAGCAGCAGAGAAGCGAGUGGGUCCAGUGGUCAAGCUGCAUCUUCUUUGACAAGCCCAGCCAACAAUUCUCUCGGAGCGGCUGUCAAGACUGUAGCUUUCGCACCUUCUCCAAUCAAGAAAGCAAGACCUUCUUCGCCUUCCGCAUUCACCGACGAGCCUUUACCCGUUCAAGCGUCUUCGUCAUCAGCCGCAGGCUUUGCCAGACCUACAUUGGCCAGCGCUGCUCGAGCUAGGAGCUACUCCAAACCUUCCUCUGCUGCCGGUAUCAAUGAAUUUGGCGUGCCCAACAUGUCCUCUUCUGGGCUGGCAGCACACUCGCUGCCCCGCGAUGGAGCAGGGGACCUGUUCGCAGGGGCAAAGCGCACCAAUUACUCGCUGCCUAUCGCCUCUGCAACAAAGAAUCGACGAAGCCAAUCGAGUCACGGCACGGGCUCCGCCAAUCUGAGUCGCAGAGGCUCGCUGGGUGCAAAUCCGAAUGGAGCGUCUGCUGACGGCGCAACGAGCGGCAUUCCCAGCAGUAUUUCCGCGCCGUACCCUUCGGGCUUGCCCGUCGACGCCGCAACCGCUCACGAGGGCGUUCCGAGACUGGUUCAGACGAGCAGCAGCACAGACGAUGAGCAACGCGCCAAUUCCAUACUUUUCAUACCCCCAGGUCAAAUCUCGAGAGAAGGUGGCAAUGCUCAGCCAAGAUCGAUCAGCCCUUCCAGCUUCGUAUCUGCCCAUUCUUCUGCGCAUGCUUCCAAGCCUGGCGGAUCGGUCGACACUAGGCGAUUGAGCACGAGCACAGCGCCGGGGGCUCACAUGACCCGUAGCGCAAGUCAGGGUAAUGUGACUUGGUCAGCUGCUAGUGCAGCGACUGGAAGCGCACCGAGCUGGAGUCAAAUGACACAAAGGGAUCUGGUUGAUAAUCUGGGACCUCGGGAAAGGACACGUCAAGAGGUGCUGUGGGAAAUCGUAGCAAGCGAGGAGAGGUGAGUAGAGCGCGGACUGGGACGACACGUGUCGCUCUUGAGGAGGAACUGACAUGGAGCGAGACGGGCUUGCCCUGCACUGCAGAUACGUCAACGAGCUCGAAAAGGCCAAAGACUUGUAUCUCGACGCGUUACUGCAUCCUCUGCGUUACCGUUCCAAUCCCACCUCUCCUCAGAUGACCACCACCUCCAGCUGGCCAAAUACUUCCGACUCCUCCGCAAGUCGCAGCAGGCACACUCUGCACCCCAUCGACACUUCCAGCAGUGCAGAAUUGCCCAUCGCUUCGCGCUACAUGUCUCCGCUGUCAGCCACAAACACUCGCACAGGCUCGGAGGGGCACGCGCAGAGCUCUUCGUCUGGCAAAAAAGUCUCGUCCGACGCUCAAAGCAGCGGCGGUGCUACGUCCGGGGCUCAGAGCAGAGCGCCUAGCAUAGCUGCUGCUACCACAGCUGCACCACCGCGGCCUCCAAGGAGUAGCAUCGCGCGUGGGCUGGGCAUCGGAGCGCCGCGAACGUCCACGCGAGGCGCCUCGGGUGCGAUGUCAAGGGACGCGUCGGCGACAUCUUCACCUCACAUGGGCAGCGUGGCAUUGAACGUCAAGCAGCCGCGCAAAUCAUCACGAAAGGCCAAUAGUCAGGCUAUACAGAACCCCGUCUCUUCCCAGACUGGAUACACCAACUUGGACGGCUCUGCUUUAUCCGUUCCUUUGCCCAAGUCUCUCAGAGCGGUGCUGGAAGCUUUGAAUGAUGGCCUCUUGGAGGGUCACACGCUGCUCUCUGAAGCUUUGCGCGUCAGAUACGAAGAGCAGUGGCCGCUGGUCCGUAGUCUGGCGGACGUAUUUACGAGGUACGACUACAUCUUGAAGCAUUACAAGGGCUACGUCAUCCAUUUGGAAAGGGCCUUGGAAGAGCUGGAAGAAGCGGGCUUGAUGGAAAGAGCUAUGAGAGGCAAACGGAUCAAGAGGGAGAGAUUGACGCAGACCGUGGGACUUGGCAGAGCUGUUGCUUCGCUCGAGACGAGCGCUGCCGAGAGGGGCGAGUGCGGUCUUUCCAUUUUCAUCUCGAUGCCUUUUCAAAGACUGCUCAAGUACCCUCUGCUCUUUCAGAACCUCCUCUAUCACACCGACCCGUCCACUUUCGAAUUCGAAAAUACGGUGGCCAUGGUGGUGGAUGUGGAAGGCUUGGUCAGAUCCAUCGAGAGUGCCAAGGUGUCUAGCGAAGAGAGGGACAAGGCGUACGACGCAUUUGCUCGCAUAGAUGGAAUUUUAGAUAAAGCUGUGCUGAGACCUCGACCGGAUAGGUUGCUCAUCGAAGAGCGGCCCCUCUAUGAAGAAGGUCCUCGACGAGCCGUCUCGGAAUCCGCGCCAAAGGAUGAAGUCGAGCGGAAUGGAGGAGGGGGGGUCAGCGAGUCGGAAGACGAGGGCCCGAGCGCGAGCAAGGUGAAGGGCUCUGGAGCACUGGCCCACUCUUCAGGUGGGACGGGAGGGUCGAACGCGACCAGCACGGGCAAGAGUUCGAGUUUGAGAGAAGCACUGAAAAGCAAGAGAUCGUACAGAAGACUGUCGGACUUUUUAUCUGCGGAUGACAAGGCUACCAAGGCGCCGAGUAUGGGAAGCAAGAGGGAUGUUUGGGUCGUUAAAUUCUCAGACGUGGAGCUCAAAUGUCAACGGGUCGGCGUGACUGCGCUUCCUAUGAGCAGCACCACUGCCUUGCGUCCCUCUGGAUCGAGUAUCGGUGCGCCCGCGCCGAUCGAGGAUGAGAGCGGCCCACAAGCUUUUCCUUCAACAGAGAUGGACGACUCGAUCGAUGUCACGACGGGCCCAGAGCUCGCGGCGGAUUUUGCAGCUAGGAGCAAGGACAGCAAGGAACGAUUGAAAGCCUUGCGAAACACCACUUUGAGAGCCAAGACGCGCAACCUCUACAAAUUUGUAGGAGUUGUAGCUUGGCGCAAGGCUGCUCAGCCCUCUACGAGCGCUUUGCAAGACGAGCUUGCCCAAGGCAUCCAAGAAGCGGAGGAAGACGAGGAUGAGGAGGAUGAGGAUGAAGUGGGAAGUCAGGCGUCCGAGGAGACGGAGGCUGGCAUGUUGCUGGACACUGAGAGAUACGUGAGACAAUCCACCUUGAGCUUCAGCUAUGCUGGCGAUGAGGUGCUGCCCAGGGCGCACUUGCCCAACGCGCACGGCCUCACACCUCUGAGACCCUCGUCGAGCAGCGUGACGAACGUUUAUGCUGCUGCUCCGACGCACGCAUCUUCCGUGGCCGCAUUCAGAUUUGCCAGAGCUGGAGCGGCGAGCGAAAAGUUUGGACAAGCGGCGGCAGGUCACAAUAUGGUUAGGAACGACUCGCCAAAGGUCCGGCAGAAUCUGCAUCCUACCCAGCAGCAAGGUCUCUUGACCGAAGCAGAAGUCGUGUCCAGAUCGCACGGUGUUGGCCGUCAAAAUAAAUUUGGAGCUCGAUUGAGAUCUGAAUUGGGCUCUGGAUCGGGUGCCAGCUCCAACAAUGCGCCGCUCUCUGUGGCUGGCUCGAGAGCCGGCACUUCUCGAUCUGGCGUUUGCAACAGCAACGGCAACUUACCGAGCGCCACGAGCAGCUCGCACGGACAUGGAUCUCAUGGCAAGAGCUACGAAGGCGCAAUGGGAGGUGGAGGUGGAGGUGGACAUGGAGCGGAUGCUAGAUCGGUGCGGAGCGGAGGGGGAAGGUCGACAGGAAGCACGAGGGAGAGCCAGCUGAUGGAGGAAAAGGCACAUUUGACGCGAGACCCAUCGAGCAUGAGCUCCGAUCUCAGAAUCGUCUCCAAGUACAUGUCCGACUGA